UUUUUACAAAAAUCAUCGAGUAUCAAUUUCACCAUUUAGGGUUUAUCGUUAACUUAACUUCCUUAAUUAUAGUUAAUUUUCGCAAUUUAGGGCUUUUCUAAGGUGGGUUAUUGAACUAUUGGUCAUUAUAUCUGCAUUUCUGAAGAUUAUAAUGAACUAUUUUGUUCAUGUUCUCAAAAGAAAAGAAUUUCCUGUGAAUUUUGGGUGCUAUUUUGUUUAUUAUCUCAAUGUAAGUAUGAAAUUGGAGUAUGUGACGCCCAUUGGAACAGAUUUGAUCAAUCCAAUUAAUUGAAAGGAAUUCUCAAAUAAUAAAUCGACGAAACGAUCAAAUAUCAGAAUAGAGGUGUCCAUCUUGAAUUCUUGUCUUCUAAAUUCUUCUUCGAGAAUGGAAUUUUGUCCCACUUGUGCGAAUUUGCUGCAAUAUGAAAUGACAAAUCCUGCUAGAUUCUUUUGUCGGUCUUGCCAUUACAUUUCUCCUAUAGAGAGAAAGGUGAAAAUUAAGAGAGGGGUGCAACUGACCAAUAAAGAGGCAACACCUAUUGCCGUGGGGAAAAAACCUGUCGGGGAUACUACUGCUGCCACUUGUCCAAAAUGUGGUCAUGGCGAAGCAGAAUUUAAACAAUUUCAAACCAGAUCGGCUGAUGAACCCAUGACAAUAUUAUACAAAUGCUUGAAGGAGGGGUGUGAAAAUAUUUGGAAAGAUGAUUAGUCACAUUAUUUCAUCACUUGUCACCUGUUCUUUGUGAAGGUUUGGUGAGCAAUCAUGUCUUUUUCCUUCAUGGUUGUUUUGUUUUCUUAUUAUAGAAUUUACCUUUUUCUUCACACAGGCAAAUUUUGCCUCUGGAGCUAGCUUAUGGUUUUCUUACCCAGAUUUCAUCUUGUAGCUCUUUAUGGAAGAUACAUGUGAAGGGCUAUAGCUUAGUUUUGGAAUUUGCGUAUGUUUAUCAGUGUUUGAGACUGCAAUACUGAUUCUUGACAACCUGGUUUGCAGUCAACUGAAAUUCAUGGUUAUGUUUGGUUUGAAAUUUUUUUUUUUUCAAAUUCAAAUUUCAUUCUCUGGAAGUGCUGAGUAGCAGGGGGAGGGAUGAGAAGGAAAACGUGACAUCCCUUUCUCAAAGACUGUUUUCUACCCUUUGACAAACUAUUUGUUACCCAAGAGAAUUUAUCACCCCUUUAUGAACCAAACUGAGGUGAACAAGAACUUGUGUUCCUGGAAAAAUGACUGUUUAUUUCAACUAUAUAGAACCCAAAUGAAUGAAUGAUGCUUGAUUGCAUGAUCUUGUUGCUAUCAUAGCAAACAUGUAUAUGGGUAAAAGUUGAUGGCUGCGACUUUUCAAGAAGUUUUUCAGCUAAUGAUGAAGGUGAAGAAUGAAGGUGCCCAUUUGCUUUUAAGUAAAUAAGUAAUAUUUGCUGCUCUGAUGUUUUAAUAUAAUGUCAUUCCUCACUUUCAGUAUUGAUAGUCAGUUACUCGUUUUAGAAUACAAUUAUGCUUUAAAUUCUCUCAGUUAGGAUUACUUGCAGUAUUUUUUGGUGCAUUAUGCAGUAUAUCACUGGUAUGAUCAAAGUAUAUAUUAUUAUGUUUUGA